UGUGAGACAAAACAGUAACAGCUGCAAGAAAGUCAGCACAUUCGUGUUUUUCGGAGAUAGUGCUGAGAUGAAGUAUUCCCUUCACUUCAUUCACGCGGUUCUUCACUGCUGGACUGUGGGGCUGGUCGUUUCUAGGGUCAGUGGGAAGCAGGUCUGGCCAGUGCCUUACCAGCGACUUGACAGACGUCCAGAUGUUGAUCCCUUCUGCCAGGCUUUAUACCCGUUCUGUCCCACUGGAGAUCCAGGUGGUCGGAUACCCGUCAUGGGAGACUUGGACGUCAUCUCAGUGUUCAGACUUCAGACUCCUGUGUGGGAGUUCAAAUAUGGUGACAUCUUGGGAAAGUUUCAUGUCAUGCACGACGCCAUUGGCUUUGGAAGCGCAAAAACCGGGAGAAACUUCACUAUGGAGUGGUACGAGCUGUUUCAGCUUGGGAAUUGCACUUUUCCUCAUGAAAGAGAGGGUGUGAGUGCGCCGUUCUGGUGUAACCAGGGAGCGGCGUGCUUUUACGACGGCAUAGACGACUUACACUGGAAGCAGAAUGGGACUUUGGAGAAAAUAGGAGAGAUUUCAGGUGAGAUGUUUAAUGAGUUGGCUCUGUGGGUUCAGAAGGACAAUGAAACGGGUGUGUAUUACGAGACAUGGACGGUAAAGUCAGACCCUGGUGCCAAUGCCACAACAUGGUUCGAGUCCUACGACUGUUCUCAGUUUGUGCACCGCACAUAUAAGAAAUUACUGGAGCUGGGCGCCCAACUGUUGAGCCAAACGCCAACCAACUACACAAAGAUCUAUCUGUACAGCGGAGAGCCUCUCUAUCUGGGAGAUGACACCAUCUUUCAACAGUCUUCUCUGAAAGAUCUUGCCACGGACAUUGAGAGGUUCUAUCACUCCUUUCGCUCUCACCAGUCAGUGAUCGAAAUGAUUAUGAGCCUGUUGGAGGCUUAUGAAAAGAUGGUCCUAGAGAAGACCUUCUAUUUCUACUACAACUCUGAAUAUUGGAAGCUGCCGAUGAAAUAUCCUUAUUUACAAAUAACCUAUGAGGAGAUUUCUUUUCCAUAAUGAACAUUUUUUAAUACUACAUAAAAUUACUUUUUUAAUUUUCUACUUCCUUUCCAUACCAUCAGAUAAGUGUUAAUUUGUACUAAUACAUGGACAAAUAUUUUUUAUUGUACAACUCAUUUAUGAACAUUGUUGCCUUAAUGUAAAUGAUCUGUAAAACAUUCACACAGUGUGCACAAAUGUUUAUUUGCCUUUAUUUAUUUCAACAAAAGACAAUGUUAUAAUCAUGUUUUUACAACACAGGAAAUGUAAUAUUAGCAAUACAAGCAAUAUGCUCACUUGCUUCAGAAAAAUGAAAUACAUGAGCACUUGGUUUGAUGCUGUUUGUACAUGUUAAUGGCUUUGAGUUAAUGUUAUGCAGCUUGCACUUUCAAAAAGUCA